AUGGAUGACAUGUACAAAUCAGAAGAUGUGACAUUUGCACCUAUUCGCAUCAUCCAACUUGUUUAUAAUUCAGGGGACGUGAAGGGCCCACAAAUUCAAGCCUUUAAUCUUCCGAAUGACGAGCGUAUUGUAAAAGAUCGUGGUACAUCAAUGGUCAUGUUGAAGAAUGUUUCUGAAGCAAAGUUCAAUCUAAUUCUUCAGCCUAUAACUGACUUGAUUAUUAUAGAGGAACAACGGGAGCUGGUUAACUUUGACUCUUUUUUCACUCACACGAUUUGUCAUGAAUGUUGUCAUGGUAUUGGACCACAUACAAUAACACUUCCUAGUGGUGAAAAGUCUACCGUGAGAUUGGAGCUACAAGAACUUCAUACGACUCUUGAAGAAGCUAAAGCAGACAUUGUCGGCCUGUGGGCCCUUAAUUUCCUUAUUUCAAAGGACUUGCUUCCAAAGAGCCUUGUAAAAUCAAUCUAUGUAUCUUUCCUUGCUAGUUGCUUUCGAACAGCACGUUUCGGGUUAGAGGAAGUUCAUAGUAAAGGACAAGCACUACAGUUUAACUGGCUACUUGAGAAAGGAGCUUAUGUUUUGCAUCCUGAUGAGACAUUCUCUGUUGACUUUGAAAAUAUUGAAGGUGCGGUUGAGAGCUUAAGUAGGGAAAUACUUACAAUACAGGCCAAAGGGGACAAAGAUUCUGCACAAAAGCUCCUGGAAAAAUAUGGUCAAAUGACAAAGCCUCUGCUUUAG